AUGUAUUCAUCAAACAGUUGGUGGAGAAACCCAUCGCCCAGUUGUACGCCAAAUGAAUUGAUUGAAAUCAUUACUAAACCAAAUAACGGUUACUAUUAUCUACCGAAACAACCCUACAAUGAGGUCUAUCCUAACAUUUAUAUCAGUGAUGGGACAACAGCUAUAUGUCUGCAACUAUUGAGACGAUUGGGUAUAACACACGUACUGAACGCCAGUUGCGGUAAAGACCGACAGUUCGGUUUGGUCAACACAUCGGCCGAAUAUUACCGAAGUUCGGGUAUCGAGUUUCUCGGCAUUGAGGCACUGGACAUAUCAAUCUAUCCGCUAUAUCGACAUUUUGAAAAAGCGGCCGAUUUUAUACACCGUGGUCUACAACAUAGCGAUGGCCGAGUACUGGUUCAUUGCGGCGAAGGUAUCAGCCGAUCGGCUACAUUGGUUUUGGCCUAUUUGAUGAUCAAACGGCGAUUGACGGCUCAGGAAGCCGUCGGCAAAGUGGUCAGACAGCGAUCGAUUUUCCCGAAUAUUGGAUUUCUACGGCAACUGUGCGAACUGAACGACCAGCUUAUCAGACGACUACCUACUCAUCCUCCGUCACCAGCAAAGUCAAGGAUGAUUGGAGGUAUCGGCGGUGGCGGCGGCGCUGGCGGUGCCGGUGAUGGCCAUCAUAACGGUGGCGACCAUCACACCAUCAAACAACAUAUAAUGAUCUGAUUGCCAUUUGAAUUGUUGUUAUGUAGCGCCCCAUACCUACUACAUGUACCAAACUAUACCUCCCUAACCCCCCCCCAUUACCCAACCUAACCUCG